GUGGAUUAUCAUCCAACCUGUUGUACUGGAAACCUUCUCCAUAAAUAAAUACGGACACAAUCCUCGCGGAUUUGAAAACGCAGGACUGCAGGAGCAAAAGAAGAGGAAGAAGAGAGGAAGAGAAAGGAAACGCUACAGAAAAUGAAGAAAUCUGCGAAAGCCCAUCAAACCUCCCAGAACACAGUGGUUGGUGCAUAUGCUGUGCAGUGCGGUGAAUGCUUCAAAUGGAGGUUGAUUCCGUCACAAGAAAGAUAUGAAGAGAUCAGGGCUACCUUCAUAGAGGAUCCGUUUUUCUGCGACAUGAAGGAAGGCAUUUCAUGUGAUGAUCCCGCUGAUGUAGAAUAUGAUACCAGUCGAAUAUGGAUUAUCGACAAGCCAAAUAUUCCUAAGCCUCCAGAUGGCUUUGAGAGGGGGUUGACGCUGAGAAAGGAUAAUUCGAGAAUGGAUGCGCACUAUGCUACACCUAUAGGGAAGAAGGUAAGAGCCCCUGCAGAGGUAGAGAAGUUUCUGGCAAUGCAUCCACAAUACAAGAAAGCUAACGUCUCUGUUUCAAGCUUCAACUUCACAGUUCCGAAGAUAAUGGAGGACACACUUCCUAGGAAGACGGGGGGAAAAGAUUCAGCCAGUGCAAGUAAGAAGAUGAAAGCAUAGAGGACAGGUGAUGAUUGAGAAUUUUGGGGGGAAGACGGUUUGGCAUGCCCGUUUUGAUGGUUUACGCCGGAAUGUGGUUGGAAUCUUUGCUGGCUGUGAUUCAACAUCUUGGUCCAAACGCAAAUACUCUUUUUUGUACCAAUGGUGUUGAUGGUCUAGUCUCCUUGUUGUACCAUGAUCAUGUAUCCAUUUUACAAUUGUUACCCCUGGGCAUUUAUUUGGUGGUCUUAUUGUGUUCUUGUUGUACC